AUGAACGCCCUCGUCAGUGCGCUGUUUAAGAUGCUGCUGGUGGCCUCGUUUCUGUCGCAAGUGGCGUACUGUCAGCCGAGCUCGGUACGGCGGGCGACCGAGAUAGAGGCGGCGGCGGUGGCUGCACCGCCGUCGACACCAUUGUUGGGCGAUGAUUCGGUGACCACCAGCGAUGCCGGCGAUAUCGAACCGAAGGUGGCCGCCAGCGAGGCGGGGCCGAGAACGCAGCGGAGCUACUAUGCGGGCAGCAGCUACGGUGGAACCACCAGCGAGCGAUUGUUCGACUUUGGACUGCUGGGCAAGCCGUACUACAACCGGGGCGGAGGCUACUACCCAUCGACUGGCGGCUACUACCCGCAGGGAGGCUACUAUCCGCAGGGAGGCUACCUGCCACAGGGCGGCUACUUGCCACAGGGCGGCUACUAUCCGUCGGGAUCGGGCUACUUCCCCGGCACGAACACGCUCGGAGUGGGUGGUGGCUACGGUGGCUACGGUGGUUUCCAAGGUAACGGUGGGCUGCAGUCUUACUACGGGUACAACAGCGACCAGUACGGCUACGGCAACCGCAAUCUGGGCUACGGCUACUACGGGGCCAGCACGCCGUCCGGGUACAUUGGCUCCAGCCUGGUCAGCGGUUUCCGUGGCUACAACUAG